GGCAUGCCGAGCAGUUACAUACCGACUUUAUUCACAGUCGUGCGACGGAGAGUGUGACAACAACAACACAACAACAAUAAUCGACGACAAUUCGCAUACUCUUGCGUUGAUUGUCCCCUAAAGGGUUGUUGUUUCACCGCUAACGGGUACGCGAGUUAGCGUGGUUCCAGCACGUCGACUUUCAUCACUUAGUGUGGCCGCAAGAUGUACUAUUUACAGCUGGCCGUGCUCUGCGUGACGGUGGCCAAUGUUAUUGGUGAUCUACCACCAGGCACACGGCGCAACACAUAUCUGCCACCAGAGCCGACGAAGGGUGGCUACUCGUACAGCAAGCCGCCGGUGCAAUUUCCGAAGCCCACGCCGAGCUUCCCUGGAUCGAGACCGACACCGAGUUUCCCUGGGACUAGACCGACGCCCAGUGUUCCCAGACCGACGCCAACUUACCUCGAGCCUAGACCGACGCCGACCUAUGGUGUGCCCAGGCCGACGCCGACUUAUGGUGUGCCCAGGCCGACGCCAACUUAUGGCGUACCCAGGCCGACCCCCACAUCUGGUUAUCCGCCCUAUACCGGCCAAGGGACUGGUACCAACAGGAAUACUAUCGAGCCUGCUCACGACCAUCAUCAUCACGAACCCGGCAUGCCCUUCGACUUCAAUUACGCCGUGAAGGAGGACGCUUUCGGCAACGAUUAUUCCCACAACGCUAUUAGCGAUGGCGACAUCGUUCGCGGCGAAUACAGGGUGCAACUUCCGGACGGCAGGACGCAAAUCGUGCGAUACACAGCUGAUUGGCAGCACGGCUUCAGCGCACAGGUGUCUUAUGACGGGAAUCCCCGCUAUGACAUAUCUCGGCCGGGAGACUUUCGAGGCUACUAGCUUUAGCGUCGAGACUAGGGUUGUCAAUUUCCGUCAAAUCAAAAGAGACUAUAGCACAAUGAAUCGUUAUACUCUAUGUAACGACACUCUAAAAAAAACCCAUUAGAGGUAACAAAAAAAAGACGUAUUGUGAAAGAAAAAUGCUUAUGUAGCUUACAUAGAGGACAAGUGCUUGUUAUAUAUUUCUUAUAUCAAUAACAGCAUGCAUGUUUCAAAAUUGGCGAAAAGUUUAUAUAGCGUUAUUUCUUACGAAAUUUUGAAUCAAUUUUUUCCUAGUGACAAUGUCGAAGAGUAGACUAUUAUCUUUCACAAUUCUCCAAAUUUGAUCAUUUAAUAUCUAAAUAUUCAAAUUAAAAUUCCGUCAAAGUUUACCUUCACUCAAACAAUAAUCUAAACAUUUAUUUACAUUUCUGAAUUUUAAUCACGCGCGUACCCAAACAGCACAAGAUAUCUUCAGGAUGAUCCUGAAUAUAUCCUGAAAUCCUCGGGAUAUACGCGGGAUUUGUUCAGGAUAUGAUAUAAAGCCAAACAGCUCAUGAUAUUUUUUGGAUCUUUUAAGAGAGUCCUGCGGAACUGUAAGAGAUAUUUUAAGGAUAUCCUUUUGUGUUCCUUAUCUAGACAGCACAAGAUAUCUUCAGGAUCAUAAAACAGCUCAAAAUGUUUUUUUAUCUCUUAAGGAAGUCCUGCGUGGCUGUAAGAAAUAUUUUAAGGAUAUCUUUUUGUGUUUCUCAUUACAUCCCAAAUUAGUUCAGAAAAUAUGUAAUUGAUAUACUAUAUAUAUAUAUGCUUGAAGGCUUAAUUUAGAUUAUAUGCAGCAU